AUUUUCAGAAAUUUUUUAUUGUCCCUUUUUAAUGUUAGGUUAUGGUAAUUGUUGACGUUUCAAAUGACAGGUGACAGCUGUCUCAAAUAAUUUUUUAAAAAGAUUUUAGUUUUAACUAUGCCAAAACUAAAAAGGGCAUUCAAGAAACCAAUAUCCUCCUUAUUCUCAUUAUCAGCGGAUUGUGUCGCAUCCAAUUUGAUACUUUACGAAAACUUGAAUUAUUUGCCCUCCUACAUCAAACCGAUAAUUUUACGAAAAUUAUUAAGGGGUAAAUCACAGAAUGUGAAUAAGUUAUUAUCCGAUUUAAUUUACCCCGACCUAAAUCACAUAAACCUAUCAUCGAUAAACGUCGAUGAUGGCACACUGAAAGUGCUGAAAAGUUGCAUUCAGCUGACUGAAAUAAACUUGAGAAAUUGCGAAAAUCAAGAUUUUUCAAGCGAAAGUUUGAUGAUAUUCCUGAAACAAACUAGCAAAUUGUUAGUUCUUGAUAUUUCCUUCUGUAAGCAGUUUAACGACGAUGUAAUAACAUGUUUAUCAAUCAAUUGUCCCAACCUGCGUGAACUUUUAGCCGAAAGUUGCAGCUUCACAGACGAUGGACUCGCAAAUUUAGCCCAAAAUAAUAAAAAACUUGAAUGUCUCACAGUGUCGAACAAUAAUAUCAGUGGAGAAGGAAUUAGCAAAGCUGUUGAAAAUAAAAACUGGCAAUUUUUACGUGAAUUACGAUUAGAUAACUGUUGCAAAGUCACAGACGAUGCCUUAAAAAUCGUUGUUGAAAAUUGUUCAAAAAUAGAAAUUCUGACCUUUUUCAACUGUGAUAUAGGAGUUUUAGACGAAACAUCAAUAUUUCAAGACAUUUCAAAAACUUGCAAGAAACUCAAGCAACUACAUUGGACGGUAACCUGGUAGUAAAAGAGUCCAGCCUUUUUAAAACAUUUAUUUCUUAUUCUAAUUAUUUUACUGUAGAACAUAAAUACAAAAAUGAAAUCUACAUCA